AUGUCUGCUUCCACUUUUGCCAUCAAAGUGCCCUGCUCGUCCGCCAAUAUCGGACCCGGGUUCGAUGUCAUUGGGUUAGCAUUGUCAAUGCAUCUGGAACUCCAGGUCACCGUUGACUCCUCCAAAUCAUCAUCCGAGCAUCCUCUGAACUGUGUGAUCACAUAUGAAGACCGGAGCAAGAGUACUGAGAAGAUCAGCCUGGACCCAGAGGUCAACCUGAUCACCCGUGUAGCUCUGUACAUACUUAGAUGCCAUGACCAGAGAGCCUUCCCCGUGGAGACACGGGUGCAUAUCGUAAAUCCUAUUCCUCUGGGUCGAGGUCUCGGUUCGUCAGGCACAGCGGUGGUGGCUGGUGUUAUGCUGGGAAAUGAAGUAGGUCGUCUUGGCCUGAGCAAGGACAGACUCCUCGAUUAUUGCUUGAUGAUCGAGCGGCAUCCGGAUAACGUCGCCGCCUCGCUGUUUGGAGGCUUCGUCGGCACGUAUCUGAAUGAAUUGAAACCCGAAGAAGUAGCUCGCAAGGAGAUCCCACUCAGUGAGGUUCUCCCUGCGCCCGCGGGCGGUGUGGAUACCGGCAAGAGGCCUCCUGAGCCUCCUCUGGGUAUCGGUCACUACCGGAAGUUCCAAUGGGCCAAGGAAAUCAAGGCCAUUGCUAUCAUCCCCGACUUUGUGGUGCCCACCGCUAACGCACGCAAUGUUCUUCCGACUAUGUACUCAAGAGCGGACGUUGUCUUCAAUCUGCAGCGGGCUGCGCUGCUGCCUGCAGCAUUGGGUACCUCGCCCCCAGACCCGGAUACAAUCUACUUGGCCAUGCAGGACAAGGUCCAUCAGCCAUACCGGAAGACUCUGAUCCCGGGCUUGACGGAGAUCCUCCAGUCGAUGAACCCCUCCACCCAGCCAGGUCUGCUUGGAAUCUGUCUAUCUGGUGCCGGACCAACCAUCCUUGCGCUGGCCACCGACAGGUUCGAGGAGAUCGCAAACCGCAUCAUCGCCCACUUUGCUUCCAAUAACAUCUCGUGCCAGUGGAAGCUCCUCGAACCCGCCCAGGACGGUGCUACUGUACAUCGUUGA